GCUCUAUCACACUCAAAAGAAGCUCAACAACCGUCGUAUGCAUCCCGAACAAGCCCUUUGCGGCGUAGAAGACGUUCCCUCCGUUCGCUAGCAUCCCUUAAUCCCACCUGCAGACAUCGCGUGCCUCGUAACUCCUCAAGUUACCUGUUGUUUUACAACCCUCCGCCCAGUUUUAGCUGCUCAUUAACCUCUUCGCCAGCAUAUCUAUGGCCUGUGAUGUAGACUCAGUUUGUCCCUGUCCUUUUGAAGGACCCGAAAAAUUACUAGAGAUCUGGUUUGCGCCUGGUCUAGAAUAUGUUCCUGAUGCCGGUACGGCGCCCAAAGGUAGGAGUGGCCUACGCGCCGUUCAAAAGGAAGUUUGGGAAGAGAUGCUAGACAUCGUCAAGUGUAAAAUCCUAAGUGUCGUUUAUGGCGAAGAAAUGGACGCGUAUCUCCUCAGUGAAUCAUCGCUUUUCAUAUCUCCACACCGCCUCAUUUUGAAGACGUGUGGUAGAACGCUCAACUUGCUUGGUCUACCGCGUAUUUUAGCGAUCGCUCGCGAGCAUGCUGGGCUUUAUGCCGUAUACCAGUGCUUCUAUUCGCGGAAGGCCUUUAUGUUUCCGGACCAACAGCUCGGACCGCACCGUGACUGGGGACUUGAAAUCGAGUUUCUGGACCGUCUCUUUGACAAUGGUUCUGCGUACACAGUCGGCAAAGUCAACCAACGCGGUGACCAUUGGUUGCUGUACAUGACAACGCCAGACGAUAUGAGCUCCAGUAGUGGAACAGAGAUCAGCUCACUCGCUUCAUCAUGCAUCUCGGAUAGAGGCAGAACGAGGCAGAACGAAGACAAGUGGGCAAUUGUAGCUCGUUCAGGCCUAUACUCUCUCCCACUUCUCCCACCAGCACAAGAUUACACAAUUGAGAUCCUCAUGACACACCUAUCUCCACAUGCGCGUGCUGCAUUCUACGCGCCUGACUCUGUCGACCCUUGCUGCACUGAUGGCGAGUACGCUCCAGGCACGUUUGCUUUGCGACUCUCCGACGAUCUCGGUAUUUCCGAUAUUUUCCCCCGUCACCGCACGCACCUUGACGCGUAUUCAUUCUCGCCGUGCGGUUAUUCGGCCAAUGCGCUAAUCAAAUGGGGUGACCCUACCUCUACCUCUGAUGCGGUGCACGAGGAUCCUGACACGGAAGCAAAAAUUGGCGAAGGCUAUUAUACGAUUCACGUCACACCAGAAGAGGGCUGGUCAUAUGCGUCAUUUGAAUGUAAUGUCCCGCUUGCAGCGAGACGGAGUACAGGAGCUGCGAUAGAUAACGCGGACGACAUUCCUGAUCUGCACACUCUCGUUCGUCGCGUUGUUCGCAUCUUUGAACCGGGCAAAAUCACAAUGACACUCUUUGUCCAAUCUCGCGGGGACGGUGACGCGGACGAAGGCAAUGAUGACGGAGAAACGGAGACGGCUGUCGAGGCGGCGCAGCGAGCGUUCAAGGCGGCUCUCACACGGGCGCCUAAAAGCUCUCACGCUCCUUCAGCUAAAAAACAUCCAGAGAGCGAAGUCGGUGAUUCUUCGGCGAUGGUGGCCAACGGCGGACCUGUGGGCGGACAGGGCCAUGGUUGGCGACCUGUACACGACAAGGUGUACAAACGCACAGACAAGAUUAAUUACGAGUUCGGCGGCUACGAUCUUGCCUUCGCAAGCUUCGAAAUGAUUUGAUGCAGGCCUUUACCUGACCUAACCGCUUCUACUUGAAAUAUCGUUUUGUUUAUAUCUUGUUUUGUCUUGUGCUGUGCUAUGGAUCCAGGACUACACGUGGCUUUCAGAGAGCGCUGAUGUUAUUAUCAGUAUCUGAGUUGAUUCCCUUACCUUUUGAUGACUGUUUCACCGAAUCUUGCCGAUGUCUGUCUUUUCGAACUUUGUAAAGAUGUGUCCCGUAGGCUAAAAAUCCGCAUUGGAAAUUGCAUUGUCCUGAACGUCCGUCCGAC